CAUCGUAUUUUCCCGUACUUUAUUCAGGAUUUUAAUCAAAUUUUCCCCUACCCUAUCCUGUUAUGCAAAUACUUGUGCAAAGACUCUCCAUGGUGAUUGCAUAAAAUUCAACAAACUGGAGUCAUCGUUCCAACGAAUUGUGUUCCGAAUAUUCCGUCGAUAGAACAAAUAUUUUUUUAGUUUUUACGCAGUGUAGCAUACGGUUUAUUUCAUAGUUGUACAUUUUUUACAUACUUGACCUAAUUAUAUCUUAUGAGCAAACUAAAACUGUAAAAUAAUUGAACUUGUUCUUUGAACAUUUUCAACUCUUCAAACGCACUAUGUUUUCUAUGUACAGACCAUUGGCGCGAUCAAAGGACAAUUCCAAAUUUAUACGGAGCGCCAGUGAAAUCACGCCAGUUUUAACAAUCAAACCGACAAGUCGACCCGCUCGCCGACUCGCGACAACUUUAACUCGUUCAUGCGCGAGUUUUGUUUGCAUACUUUCAACGUAUGCCGCGUAGAAAUUUCGUUUUACUAAUUUCGGGUAGGUAGAUGGACGAGAAUAGACCGACGGAAACGAGAGACGAACACGGUUUGCAGUUUUUCAGAAGAAUUUUACGCCAAAGUCUUCCAAGGGGGAUUUUGUCGAAAUUCUUGGGAUAAAUCGAGAGUACAGAUGACGGCGUGUAAUAUAAAAAUUGUGGUUAGUGUACGAACAAGGCAGCAAACACGAAAGUCUGAAUAUUAGAACGCAAACAGGUAAAUUCACUCAUUCGAUCACUUUAUUCCCUUCACCUAUAUGUCUACAAAAUUUCUACAAAAGUUUUUCCUUUAAAAACAAAAAUGAUCAUUUUUAAUACUCUGACGGACGGUUGUCUAAAGUAAUCGAGCUCGAUAUGUAUUCGCUAAUUUUUGUGUGGUUGGUUAUGUCUUUAUUUGAAGUAAUAACAAAUGUUCAAUAAUCAACGAGGUUAGAAUUUAACACUCGUUCUUUAUUAUUUUCUGUUGCUUUCAAACGAGGUAAAAUGCAUUAAAUUGAGUUGGACGAUUCUAUUGUAAAUAUAAAGUGUCUAUAUAUAAAUAAACACAGGUUGAUCGCUGUACUCUUUUAUGUAUAAAAUUUAAAUAUCAUCUUGUACUCUAACCACUGAAUUAUUUUGAAAUUAGACAAGUACAAGCACAAGUAGAUUAGAAUUUUCUCGAUUUAAAUUGAAUAUUUUCAUUCUCGACUUGACUUUUCCUAACUGUAGACACAUUCCGUUGUACAAAUAACCCAUACUUUUAAACUACCCCUCGUUUACGCGAAUUCUUGUUAUAUAUUUUAGAUUAGCAGAUCAGGUUAGAAAAAUCUAUUUUCUAAUCCAGAAAAAAAAAAGUGGUAUUCGUCUAAACAACAAUUGGUCUAACAUUUCGUUACAAUAGAUAUCGUAUCGACAGAAUAAUAUCUUUGAAUUCUUCGUAUCGUUUAGAGAGCAAACAUCUAAGCUAAAGCACCGUCCAUGAUGGGCAAUCCACACGAGGACCCAACCGCCCCCUCGGCGAAGAGAGGGAUCCAAACCGGCAGAAACUUCGCCACUUCGUACAUGGAGCUGUGCAAGCAGCAUCGACUGCGUCCACUGCCAGUAAUCUGUGUGGCUCUGCCUCACAACUUGGACUUCACCACCGACAGGGUGAAAAUGGACGACUGGAAUCCGAUCUUGAACUCCCUGUCCCUCGAUCGUAGCCUGAAAUCGAUCAGCGUGCGCAGCAGGUACCAGUGUCGCAAGCCACUGGAGGAGAUCAAUUCGGAGGACAAAGCGAGAACGAUGGGCAAAGCGCCCGUAGUGUUGUCUCGCUAUCUUCUAGAGUGUUUGUCCCACAGUGUCAGUCAAUGCGUCGGGAAUUCUGCAGCUCUGACCAGUCUGGAACUGGAAGGCAUACCGUUCCCACCAGAUUGCUUGGCUGUGCUGUGCGUCGGGUUGUCGCACACUCAGACCUUGCGGUACUUGUCCCUUCAGCGCUGCUACAUCGGGGACAGUUCGUGCGAGUUGGUAUGUCGCACCGUGGCCGACGUUUCCAGCGUCAGAUCGCUGAACCUCAGCUCCUGCGACCUGACCUUCAAAUGUGGAUCAGCCUUAGCAGCGGCGCUCUCGAGGCAAAAGUUAUCCCUCUACCACGACACUUGGAAGCAAUCGUUGAGGUACCAGGAGCCGAACAUCGAGGCGAUGCCAGGAUUGCGUCGUCUGACGUUGAACGACAACCCUCAAUUGGGCGACACAGCGGCGAUCGAGUUGAUCGAGGCGAUACGGGACAGUCUCUGGCUGAAAGCUCUGGACAUGCAGCGUUGCGGCUUGACCGACAAGAUCGCCAAUGAUCUCCUGGAAUUGCUCACUUACAAUACAACCUUGAUGGUCCUCGACGUCCGACAGAACGCGAACUUGAACGAGGAGCUGGCGAAGGAUAUAAUGAAGAGGCUGGCGCAGAGCAACGUGGACGCAAAGUCUGAUUUCAGGUGGCUUGGUUUACCUGAACAGAAUCGAAGAGUAGCCUCUGCUGGUGGCAGGAAGAGGACUGAGAAUGAAAACAAAACGCUGUCCAGACCACGAAGCGCCAUGACGGAGUACGCCAAGAGACCCUACCAGGCUCCGUCGAGAAAAUCAGCCACUACGACGAACAACAACGUAUCGAAAAUUAAAGGUAGACCGCAUGUUCCACCGUGUAAACUGGUACGGCCUCAGCAGAGGCACCAGGAACAACAACAACAAAUCGGCCAGAACGGUCAGCCGAAGCCUAAAAUGUCCCUUCAUCUGGACCUCCAGUCUCAUAUACAAUCUGUCAUAGGCGAAGGGAUGGACACCGCGUGCAACGGGACGUACGAGAACAGUGGUCGGCGUGAAACAGACAGCAGAACCUGUUCGAAAGCUGAUACGAGCAAGGUAGACGCGACGACGCAAGUGACGAGCAGCCCGGAAGUCGAGGAACUAUUAAGAACUCGCAUAAUCCAGGUUGAAUUGGCGGAGGCCAGAGCAGAACACGAUCGCCUCGUAGAGGAAACGAAACGCAGCAGUCUCUUGUUAGCCGUGGAAAAGAAUCGCCGCGAGGAGGCCGAGGCGAAGCUGAAAGGCAUGAGGAACAAUCUGACAGAGUUGGAGAACGCUUUGAAGGAGAAAGAGCAGGAAACGAAUGGAUCCGUGCUGCUUAGCCAGCAGUCUCUCGACGAGAUUUGCAGUUCGUUUGAUCGUCUUUUGGAGAUGCUGGACAGCGUCAACAGGAAUCCAAAUACCGGCAGAACGGAGUCCACCGAGAUGGCGAUUGUUCAGGCGGACAUAAAGGAACGAGUCGCCUCGGUAAUCCGACAAACAAAGUCGGAGAAUCUGAGGAGAGGAUUCGUCGUGGACGUGGACGAGGACGACUCGAUAGGGUACACCGAACCGAUCAAGAAGUUGGCCAAAUCGGAGAGUGACGUCAGAACGACGUUACCUCCGAUAUCGACGAUGCAUUUGGAAAGGAACAUAGGGGAUAGCCCAGACGUAGGUUCGUCCGCGCUGCCGAGCAGAAUUCUAUGUCACGAAGCGAGAAUGGACGCCAUGUCUCCCAGAGAGAGAGCCAGAACGCUGUUCAAACAAAUUCUUCACGCAGACUCUAUGUUCGACUUUUGCAAUCACGUGGAUUAAAUGUUGUCACAGACGGAAUGGUUUUUAUAGAAAAAUACAUACGCACAGAAAACACAAGUACUGGGGCUGGAGCGGUGUAACCAAAACCGUGAGAGCUAAAGCGGAUAAAUAAAUUUCCCAUGUACAGAGACGAGCAGAACUGAACGGAAUUUAUGAAUUUUCGGGCAAGUAUGAUGUUUCGAAAUCGUAACAGCAUAUUGCAAUUAGUUAAACGACCAUGUAAUUAUUUAUAUUUCCUUUACUGUCUAAUUUGAGAGCUCUAUAUUAUACAUCUAGAUUGAAAAUGUGCUCAGUUUCAUUCAUCGCUGUACAAGUCAUUGAAACGUAGAUAAUACUAAAUACUUUUGUAUUUCCACCAGCCAACAUUGCUAUAUUUCAAUUGAUUUUUAACACGACUAUUGCAAUUGAUUAAUGCAAUGUGAAACCGCACGAAAAUCAUGAAAGGCUCGCGAGGUCAGUCCACUUUAGCUCUCAUGCUCACAAAUACUCCGUCGUGUAGAACGUAAACUUGGCGAUUGAUUAAGAAACGACAGCAAUAAAAACGUAUAUAAAAUAAUGGUAAGGAAAAGAAAAUUUGUUGGUGAAAAAGUCGUUCUUUUCUUUUGUAUGCUAGUGGAUUAGCAAGAAACAUCAACCAAAGGCGAGGUCGAUAGAUUUUUCUGUGCCCGUUAAACGUGUCGCGAAUCGAUGAUUAGACCGAAUCAUCGAGAUAAACUGAUUUAUAUCGUCACAUUUUUCUUAAGUGCAUUAUAUUGUAGAUGGAAUAAACACCCUUUAUUCUUUUUAACGAGAAUUGUUUCAUUCGGAUCGCAUCGUAUGCGCGUGACUGUAUUUUUUUGACCACGAUAUAUUAUUGGCACUGUUUCUCAAUGUGUUUCUCCGUUCGAUACAUUUUCUCCAACAUAUAGGUCACCGAGGUUUCCAAUGAAAUCGCGAAUAAAACCUUGUUCAACUUAUAUAACACGGAUAUUCGAUCCAGGUAUAGAUUUAUAAUGAAUGAACGAGAAAGGACUAUAAUUUGCUGGUUACAAUUGCGUUGUAUCAUUGUUGAUGGACCCAAGUUACGUAAGUACAAAGUAAAACAAUCU